CUGAGAUCGUAGGACCACUCCAUAUAUACUUCUGAACUUAGAAAUUGGUGUCUAAUAUUGCUAGAUGGGAAAAGGGAGAGCACCAUGCUGUGACAAGAGUAAGGUGAAGAAGGGACCAUGGAGUAGUGAAGAGGAUCUCAGGCUCAUUACUUUCAUUCAGAAGCAUGGUCACCAAAACUGGCGAUCCCUCCCUAAACAAGCUGGUCUACUGAGGUGUGGAAAGAGUUGCCGUUUGAGAUGGAUUAAUUACCUAAGACCUGACGUAAAGCGAGGAAAUUUCACCCCACAAGAAGAGGACACAAUCAUCAAAUUGCACCAAUCUUUUGGAAACAAGUGGUCAAAGAUUGCAUCGCAUUUGCCCGGAAGAACUGAUAACGAGAUUAAAAAUGUAUGGAAUACACACUUGAAGAAACGACUCAUGAAAAGAUUACACGGUGAAGCAAAAUUAGAUGGUUCAUGUGCUGAUUCACCUUCUUCUUCAUCAACUUCAGUAUUAUCACAUAAAACUGCCAACGAGGGAGAAUUGACCAAGAACGUAAAUGGCAAUAUGAUAACUGAGAAAGAAGCAUCAAAAUCUUGCUCUCCUACUUCUUCCUAUGCCUCAAAUCUCUCCAAUUUGAGCCAAGUCGAUAUUUCAAGUCCAAAUAAUGUGGAUAUGGAUUGGAUAUUUCAAUUCAAUGAGGAGAUUCCAAGUAGCACCACGGGAAAGGUGCAUGAUGAUGAUGGUGUAAUUGAAAUCCCAUUGGAACCUGAUAUUGAUUUUUGGGACAUGUUAGAUAUUAUGGGCCCUUCUUCUCCUAAUUCAGAGUCCAAACUGGACAAUCAAUCCGAAGCGUCUCAGCCAAUUUGCCAAGGCUUAUCAGAAUUUGAAUACCAAAAGUGGUUCAGAUACUUUGAAAAUGAGUUGGGUGUCUGAGCCAGACUACUACUACAUCCAAUUAAUUAUUACUGAGUGCAGUGACACUAUUACUUCUACUAAGAAAGCCCAACCUUCUACUACGCACACAACUUGAUUGUGACAGUAGUGUGAGGCACAAAAUAAAAAUUUCCGCCCACAACUUCCAUGCAAUUAUUUAACUUUGGUCCUUCAAAUAUUGACACUACUACCAUCUAUCAGCUAGUUAGAGAUUUUUAUAAUUUUAAAGAAAACUAAGAGUCCUUAUAUAGAAGCAUAUAGAAGUUCAGAAUUCAAGAUUUAGGUUCAAAUGUAAAAGUACUUGUAUAGUGUAUACUACAGAAAAAAUAAUGUAAUUUGAAUGUGUGCGUCUCCACACCAGGAAGUGGCGUGGAACUCCAUCUCUUUCUAUUUUUUGAGUAAUACAUUAAGAAUUCUAUACUUGUUUAUAUGUAAUAGCAUGAUAUGAUUAAUUAGAAUAAAACUGUUCCAAGUAAAGCUUAAUUUGACGAACUCA